AUGUCGAAACUUUGUAUUCUACUCAUCGGAAACGGAGGCCGUGAGCAUGCUCUGGCCUGGAAGCUCAGCCAAUCCUCCCGUGUCGAGUCCAUUUUUGCUGUUCCUGGCAACGGCGGCACUGCUUCUUGCCCCAAAGUCUCGAAUGUGACCUCAGUUUCUGCCGAUGACUUCCCCGCACUUGUCAAAUUUGCGCAGUCGAAUGGUGUCAACCUUGUGGUCCCCGGUCCCGAGGCUCCUCUGGUCGAUGGCAUCGAGGGCUUCUUCCGCGCCGCGGGUAUCCCUUGCUUCGGUCCCUCUAAGGAGGCUGCACGCCUCGAGGGUAGCAAGACGUACUCGAAGGACUUUAUGAAAAAGUACAACAUUCCCACUGCUGCAUAUGAGAACUUUUCCGACUUUGAAAAGGCCGUUGCCUACAUUGACGGUAUCCAGCACGAUGUUGUGAUCAAGGCUACCGGUCUUGCUGCCGGCAAGGGGGUCAUCAUCCCGCAGACCAAGGAUGAGGCCAAAGCUGCGCUCAAGCAGAUCAUGGUUGACAAGGAGUUUGGGUCUGCCGGAAGUGAAGUUGUCAUUGAGGAGCUCCUGCUCGGAGACGAGCUCAGCGUUCUUACGUUCUGCGAUGGCUACUCCAUCCGUUCCCUGCCUCUGGCGCAAGACCACAAGCGUAUCUUUGACGGCGACCUCGGUCCCAACACGGGCGGCAUGGGUUGCUACGCUCCUACCAACAUUGCCACCAAGGAGCUCGUGGAGCGUAUAGAAAAAGAGAUUCUCGAGCCCACAAUCUUGGGCAUGCGCAGAGAGAAGCAGCCAUUCCGGGGUGUUCUCUUUACUGGUCUGAUGAUUACCGCCACCGGACCCAAGACGCUCGAGUACAACGUUCGCUUUGGCGACCCCGAGACUCAGACUGUUCUUCCUCUACUCUCUGCCGAGACUGAUCUUGCCGAGAUUAUGCUUGCCUGCACGGGCGGCUACCUGGACAACUGCAACAUUACCAUUGAGAACAAAUUUAGCGCCACCGUAGUCCUCGCUUCCGGAGGCUACCCUGGACCAUACGCCAAGGGCACUCGCAUGACCGUCACAGAGCCUCCUGCUGGCAGUACCAUCUUCCACGCUGGCACAAAGCUCGACGGCGAGCAGCUCCAGACCUCGGGCGGUCGUGUCAUUGCCAUCAACUCUGUCGGAGACUCUCUGCGCAGUGCCGUCGACGCCUCGUACGCGGCUCUGGCGGCCAAUGUCAUCCAGUUUGAGGGCAUGUUCUUCCGCAAGGACAUUGCUCACCGUGCUUUCCGCGCUGCCAGCAAGGAAUCCAUGACCUAUGCGCAGGCGGGCGUGGAUAUUCAGGCUGGCAACGAUUUCGUCGAAAAGAUCAAAAAGGCAGUGGCCAGCACCAAGCGCCCUGGUGCGGAUGCCGAAAUUGGUGGAUUCGGCGGCGAGGUUGAUCUGUCUGCUGCAGGCUACCCCAACGCGCCUGUUAUUGUCGGCGCCAUUGAUGGCGUCGGUACCAAGCUGAUGAUUGCCCAAGAUAUGAAGAAGCACGACACUGUCGGUAUUGACCUGGUCGCCAUGAAUGUCAACGAUCUCAUUGUUCAGGGUGCCACGCCUCUCAUGUUCCUGGACUACUAUGGCUGCAGCAAGCUGGAUCUUGCCUCGGCCGCCGCUUUCGUCGAGGGCGUCGCCGACGGCUGCCGACAGGCCGACUGUGCUCUGGUCGGCGGAGAGACGGCGGAGAUGCCCGGCAUGUACCAGGGUGAAGACUACGAUGCCGCCGGGUGUGCUGUCGGCGCCGUCACCGAGGACGCCCGGCUCCCCAAGCUAGCGGCCAUGGUGGAAGGCGAUGUUCUUCUCGGUCUCGGCUCCAACGGCGUCCACUCCAACGGCUUCUCUCUCGUGCGCCGCAUUGUGAAGAGCGCCGGUCUUGGCUACACGGAUGCCGCCCCCUGGGACCAGGGCAAGAGUGUCGGCGAGUCUCUGCUGACGCCGACGCGCAUUUACGUCAAGACGCUGCUGCCAAUUCUCAAGGACAUCAAGGGGCUGGCGCACAUUACCGGCGGCGGCCUCCUCGAAAACGUCCCGCGCAUGCUGCCAGCGUCGCUCACGGCUGAGCUCCACUAUGGCUCAUGGCAGAUGCCUGCCGUGUUCCAGUGGCUCAAGACAGCCGGCAACGUGGCGCCGGUGGAGAUGUGCCGCACGUUCAACAGCGGCAUUGGCAUGGUGAUUGCAGUGGACGCUGGCAAGGCAGCUGCUGUGGCCGCGGCGCUGGGUGAAGCUGGCGAGGCCGUCUACACGCUCGGGCAGUUGGUGAAGCGCGCAGAAGGCCAGGUCGGCUGUGUGAUUCAGAAUCUGGACAGCUGGCAAUAG